GGCGGGACCAGAAGUAGCCGUUCGUUCAGACGCUUACCGUGAGCUGUCAGGCUAGCUCCUUGCAUCUCUCUUGUACCUUUUCAGAAACCUAGAUGAAUCGAUAUAUCUAAAAAUCGGAAAAUACGCUGUUAAUCUGUUUGUUGAGGCUACGCUUAAGUUACUUUUAUAUUCUGUAGCCAUCAUGGGCGAGGUGGAGCUGUCCUGUCGGGCUUAUGUGAAGAUGUACCUGCACUCCUGCCUGUUUCCGCGGUGCAGCAUCAACGGGCUGCUGUUGUCGUCCUCUUCUGCAGGUGACCCCGUGUGUGUGACAGACUGUGUGCCGCUUCUGCACUCACACCUGUCCCUGGCCCCCAUCACCCAGCUGGCCCUCACACAGGUGGAUGUGUGGUGUUCACAGACUCAGCAGAGGAUAGUAGGAUAUUAUCAAGCCAACGCCUGCGUAUCAGAUAGCAGCCCGACGCCGUGUGCACUGAAGAUAGCUGAUAAGAUCGCUGAGCAGUUUGAUAAUGCAGUUAUAUUAAUGCUUGAUGGCAGUAAGAUGUCUCCAGAUGUUCGGGUUCCUCCCAUCGUGAUGUACGAGCGCAAAGAUUCAAGAUGGAUGCUCAAAGACAAACACACGAUAAUGCUGAGGCAGUGGGAGGAGACUCAGGCGAUAGCCAGUCAGAUGCUGGAGUCGGGCGAUCACGCGCUAUUGGUGGAUUUUGACAGCCACUUGGACGACAUCACAAAGGACUGGACCAAUCAGAAACUUAACACCAAGAUAGCAGAGCUCGCCUCGCCGGCCAACGGGAGCAUGUAGGCUGAGAAGUGGCGUCAGUUUGUACCAGGAGCCCAGAUUUAUUUAUGUUGUCACCCGACGUCAUAAGAUGUGACUUUUAUAACCCGACACAACCACGUGGGAGUUUAGGAAUAUGUUUAUUUUUAAUGCUUUUUCUUGACUGAACAGACAUUAACAACACAACAUGCAUAAAUAACAAUAUUUACAGCUUAGUAGAUCAAAUGCCACCUUUUAAAACACAGUUAACACUUACUAUGCAUCUGUGAUAAUUCUGGUCCCAUUUCUGUCACUUGUUGCUGUAUCAUUAUUAUUCCUAUGUACAUUACAUGGUCCACAGGGUGGACAAAAUAACAAACACCAUACAACACAGACUUGCAGUAAAUACUAAUUUGUUGAAGUUCAAAGUUCGAUUUUUUAUCAGACUGUCAGGUGUAGUGAAAGGUCUGUAGUCUGUGUCAUGCUAGAAACCAGAAAAGAGUAAACAAACGUAAUAAUUUAGCAUUUAUAAGCAGCAUUUAAACAUUUAUUAAAUGGUUUAUAGCACACUAUAAUGAAGUUAUAAGUGUUUAUUAGUGUAUCUAUCUGUCAACAACUAACUCCUCCUGUCUGGAGGAGAUAUACUAAAAUAUAGUAAAAUACAGUUGUAAUAAUGUAAGUUAUGUCUUAAGAGUUCUACUUUCUAACAAUUACUGUACAAUGUCCUUAAAUCUGCUUAGAACUACAUUAUAGUUAUAAACCAUUUAUUAAGUGUAUAUAGUGUUUAUUAAUGCUAAAUAGUUUGACAGCAUAUAGAUGAUAAAUAUUCAGGCAGCCACUUUGUAUCUCUGUGUUGUGCCUCAGUUUAAAGCUGAAACACAUACUGCUUCUUCGUACUAGCAUGAAAUGCUUGUAGCUGCUUUUUGUAAUUUACAGUACUGCGGUUCCUGCAUGAAUUGCAGGUGCAUCUGUCUGGCAGCCUCUUCCUCAACAAGAGGAACUUCCUUGUCAACCUUUGGUAAAAACAUUUAACCACUUUGAGAAAGAGGAACAGUGUUGCACAUACAAGCACCUAGAGGGAUAUUUGCCAAACUACCCCUUUUAAUAAUGACCAUCAAGUUGUAUAAACACCAAACAGCCUCAAUAAAAAACAAAUACUCUGAGCUUCAGCAGACUCUACUGCAACACUUUUGUACUGAAACAAAAGAUGUUUUGUACUUUGUUUGCCCCUAACACACCCAAAACAAUUUUAAAAAUGUCGGAAUUUGAUGUAACUCUUGAAACACUAAUCCCAAGUCUACACCUUAUUAAAGUAUCAAUAUAAACAGGA